AUGGCUGCACAACACUCAUGGGUGCAAAUGGCAAUGGGACGCUGGGUACUGGGCAUUUCGAUUGGCUGGUUGAGCGCUGCAGUUCCCUUGUACCAGUCGGAAAUUGUCCCCCGUCAAGUGCGUGGUGCACUUGUGGGAACCUACCAGCUGUUUGUUACGCUUGGUAUCCUCCUCGCUUAUUGCUGCUGUUACGGUACACGGGAUUACACGAACUCAGAUGGCACUACAUCCUCUGCACAAUGGCGCGUCCCUAUUGGAUUGGGAUUUGCAUGGACACUCGUGCUUGCGGUCGGUAUUAUGUUUUGUCCGGAGAGUCCCAGGUGGCUUGCGAGACACCAGCGCUACGAUGAAGUGCAUCGCGUACUUGCCCUGGCCCGUGGUGUUUCCCGAGAGGACCCUUUCGUGAUGACAGAGUUUUAUGAUAUCAAGCGGGAGGUCGAAGCGGAGAUGAAAAUGGUAGAGCUUGGUUGGAUCGAUUGCUUCCGCACGAAGGACAAAUUGCUGUACAGAACUCUUCUUGGCAUUUUCAUACAAUCCUUGCAACAGCUGACCGGCGCCAAUUACUUUUUUUACUACGGUGCUACCAUCUUCCAAUCGGUGGGCAUUAGCGACUCUGUUGUUACGCAAAUCAUUCUCGGUGCUGUGAACACAGGCACCACAUUUCCCGGUCUUUGGGCAUUGGAUCGCUUUGGCCGUCGCAUAUGUCUCCUGGUAGGUUCUGCUUGGAUGGCCAUGUGGUUGCUUAUCUUUGCAACGGCUGGCGUAGCCGGCAAACCGAUUCGCUUUGUUCCCGGUGGCGAGGGUGUGACAAACCCUGAUGCACCCGCAGAUCCUGAAUCGAUUGGUACUCUGAUGAUUUGCUCUGCAUGUUUCUUUAUCCUUGCAUUUGCAAGUACUUGGGGACCGGGUGCGUGGGUGGCCAUUUCCGACUUUGUGUCACCACAGGCGCGCACUAAACAAUUUGCAUUGGCUACCAUGUCAAACUGGAUAUGGAACUUUUGCAUUGCCUUCUUUACACCCGCCAUUACUAACGAUAUUCACUUCAACUACGGCUACGUUUUUAUGGGUUGCAACAUAUUCGCCUUUUUUCUCAUCUACUUUUUCCUUUACGAGUCAUCCAACCUUACCCUCGAGACUAUAAAUGAAAUGUACUUGGACCCCAAUGUCAAGCCUUGGAAUUCCACGAAAUGGGUACCCAGUGGGUACACAUCUAGGGACGGAGUGAAGGAAGAUGUGGACAAUGGUAUACAAGAGGUGACUGGCGCCAUCGACGUGCAUGAUCCUGAAACUACGCUGAAAAACGAUUUUAACACUCGAGUGAGCAAUGCUGAAUAUAAUCCUUGA